AUGACCGUCGAAGCUCUCGUCGAGACAGUUCCCGGCGCAGAUCUUCGCGCAGUCCAUCUGCGAGAGAAUCUACUCGAAGGGACCAAGACCGAAUCCGCCGGGAACGCAGAGAACGCUCUACAGACCGUGCAGACGAGGAUCGCCGAAGAGACAGACACCGCAGCCACCGACAUCGCGACGAUCGUGACCGUGACCGUGAUCGCGAACGAUCAUCGAGAAGACACCGCAGCCCACGACCUCGGUCUCGCUCCCCACGCCGAUCACAAACUCCUCCGCGAGCUAUACAACGGCGCGGCCCUCUGCCAUCACAAUCCGACGCCUUUACGGGCGAAUUGGUGCACUGAAAGUAAUACAAUUCAGGUCCAAGGGGGUGAAGGGAUUGUCUUGAAAUACCACGAACCUCCCGAGGCCCGCAAACCACCCGCCAAAGAGGCCUGGCGAUUCUAUGUUUUCAAGGGAGAGGACUUGCUCGAAGUGGUCGAGCUUGGUGAACGCAGCUGCUGGUUGAUCGGUCGUGAGAAUCGCGUCGUGGACUUCCCCCUCGAACACCCAAGCUGUUCAAAGCAACAUGCUGCACUUCAGUUUCGCUACGUCGAAAAGCGGAACGAAUUUGGGGAUCGGAUUGGCAAGGUCAAGCCUUAUCUCAUUGACCUAGAGAGUGCGAAUGGCUCCCAUGUCAAUGGUGAGGCUAUUCCUGCAGGUCGUUACGUGGAGGUCAUGGACAAGGAUGUCAUCAAAUUCGGGUUGAGUACCCGUGAAUACGUCCUGAUGCUGCCGAGCUGA